GGUACAGAUGAAGUGUCAGUGUCAGCGAUGGAGGGAGAUUCAGUCACUCUACACACUGAUGCUAAAAUAAACCACGGAGAAAAUAUCACAUGGUAUUUUAACGACUCUCUCAUCGCACAAAUCAAUGGAGAUCUGAGUGAAAACUGUACUGUUGAUCACUGUGAUGCAGUUACUUUGAUAAUCAAAAGCAGACUGAAACUGCACUGUAGAACUGGAUCUCUGACCAUCACAAAAAUCCACACCACAGAUGCUGGAGUUUAUAAACUGAAGAUCUCAAACAACACCAGAGAAAAUGACAAGAGCUUUAAUAUUGCUGUCAAUGAUACUGUUAAAGAAGAAAUGAUAAAAAACGAAGGAGAAGCUGUCACUUUAGAUCCCUGUAAAACAAAAAAAGCGAUAUAUUCGAUGACGUGGUAUUUUUGUGGUGACGUUCUCAUCACUGAAGAUCCCAAUAAAACCUGUAUAGAUGUUCAGUGUGAAAAGCCAUUCAGAGACAAACUGAAGGUGGAUCAUCAGAAUGGAUCUCUGACCAUCACAAACUUCAACACCAGAGACUCUGAAGUUUGUAAACUAAAAAUCAUCAUCAGCGACGGAUACGUCAGCAUCAUCAGGCUGAAGAGAUUUAAUGUUCUGGUCAAUUCUGAGCAGAAGGGCAACCAACAGCAAAGUGCUGCAGUGGAGAUUUGCAACGGCGUUUUUCUGACGCUGCUGCUGGCGGCCGCUACAGCUGCUGCUGUCAUGAUUUACCGGAGACUCCACCGGAAACUCAGAGGAACGCCUUGGCAUGAAAACGAUGCUGAUAAUCCUAAUAACAUUCCUUUGAGGGAGUUCAGAGUUUUAUAAAUCAGACUGAGAAUUAAACAAUGUAACAUCACUUCAACAUUGAAAGAGAGACUGAAGAGAAUAAGAAAAUGGAGA